UGGGAACACAGGGUGAGAGCAAUGGGGUUUGUCACGCUCUUGGUGUCCUGCUCCCUGCUGUCUUCUGCAGCCUUAGCAUCGCACAUGCAGGGCGGCAUCAUGACCUUCACUCCAAAAGGGAAGAACCCAGACGGGACUAUCAGGGUGGACUUCCGGUACAAAGAAUCAUUCCGGGCUUCUUGCCACCGGGAGUUUUUCUGGGGCUGCUACAAUGGGAACUGCGGCUACACCAAAGAAUUUAACUACGGGCAGAUCGACAGUAGUCCAGUGGGCGACAGCUGGUGCCAGGCCGAGGGGUACAUGUCAAGGAGUCUGUUCAGUGACAAGCCCUUUGACCUACGAGAAAGCAGUUGCUGUUGGGUCUACAAUUCCUAUGGGUACCCAGGUUGGCAGCUUUUGACUCACAUAGACCUGGGUGUGAGGUCUGACACUGGGAUUCCCAACAGAUCUCCAGUUACAACACUCCCUCCACACAUAAGGGUUCCUCAGAAUUGUCCCACAACCUACAAGUUGAUGGCCCAUGACCCGGAUGGCGAUUAUGUAAAGUGCCGAUAUGGACAUUCUUACAAUUACGAAUGCUACACCUGUGCUCAACACUCUGGCUUCACAAUAAAUGAGAAUUCAUGUGAAUUGACCUAUUAUGGUGGACAGGGAGGGCUCUUCAUGUUUGAACUUGUCAUGGAGGAUUUCAGCAAGUGGUACAUCAGAUUACAAUAUAACGAUGGCUCUUCUUCUUACAAAAUGCCCUUAAGCUCUGUGAGGAUUCGGCGAGCUACAACCAAUAGCACCAGCUCAUCCAACUCCACUUAUCCUUCAUUGUCCAAUGUCACUUCUACAGUCAGUUACUCAUGGUGGAAUGUAAUAUCCUCAACAACCCUUCAACCAAGAACAUCCAUUUCCAAUAGCUACCAGCAAAACAUCUCAAUAUCUUCUUCUACAGCAGCCCCGAACAAUUGGUGGCCAUGGCUUAAUGGUGGAUACUCAACAAACACACCCCCCACAACUCAGUCAGCAGGUUCUGGGCCCACUGACUCAUUGAGCAGAAUACCUAUCCAGUUUAUCUUAGAAGUUUCUACCCCUGUGCCUUCCUGCACUUUUGGAGAAUACAGACCUCGGUUUUUGUAUCCAACGCCUGAACACGGGGAGAUGAAAAAAGCAUCCGUUGGCAACGACUUUCAGUUUGGUGUAAAAGCACAAGCGUCAUAUGCAAGCAUAUACUCCGUUAUAGUCAGCGGCCCACUUAAUAUAAGCAAAGUAUUUCAGUACGAUUACAGAACAGGCAUUGGAGAGGCGGUGGUGAAAUGGACACCAAGUGAAAAUGAUCUGGGUGAGGUUAUGCCCAUCUGCUUCUUUGCUGAGACUCAAGAAGGGUAUCAGUCCGAGAUGAGAUGCAUCACAGUAACAGUUGGACGGCCCACUCGCCCACAGAUCAGUAUCGAUGCCAGUGUUGUGUGUACCCAGACAACGAUGACCCUGUUUGUGCUGAAGUCCUCCAUACGUGGCCUCAAUGAACAUUACGUACGCCUCAAUGACCCAACCUGCUUGGUGACAUCUAACUCAAGCCACCUAAUCGCCAGUGUGUCCCUCAACUCCUGUGGAACGCAGCUUCAGGAAAACUCCACUGAUCUCAUUUUCCGUAACGAGAUUACAUCAUUUGAUCAUCCCCAUGAAGUUAUAACAAGAAAGAAUCAGGUGGAGAUUCCAUUCAGCUGCUCUUUCCCUAAGACGAGUCAUGUUUCCAGCUCUUUCAUCGCACACAAGGCCAACUACAUGUUCUCCGAAGCCGGCUUUGGGACCUUCACCUACAUAUUUGAGUUUUAUGAGAGCAGUGAAUUCACAAGGAUCAUCGACCCCAGCCGAUACCCCAUUGAGGUGGAACUCGAGCAGAUGCUAUACAUGGAGAUUGACGUACAGUCUUCGAUUGCCAACACCAAGCUGUUUGUAGAGUCUUGCCGAGCCACACCUCACGAUGACCCCUAUGACCCCAUCUAUUAUGACAUUAUUUCAAACGGGUGUGUUCAAGAUGACACGACAAUCGUCUACUCCAAUAACCAAACCGAGUUCAGAUUUGGGGUUGCAGCUUUCAAUUUCAUCGGAGACUACAGCCAGGUGUACAUAAGCUGUACUGUCAUUCUGUGCAUCGCUGGGAAUCCCGGAACGCGGUGCGCACAGGGCUGCAUGAAUAAUGGCUCUUCAACUGUAUACUUUAGACGAAGGAGAGCGUUAUCUUUGGAGAGCCAGGAGCACUUCAUCUCUCAAGGGCCUCUCUAUCUUACAAAAAGAACUCAGUAUAAUAAUGAUUCCGGACAGAUCUUGAGUCAGAACAUUCUGGUUAUUGUAGUAGCUCUUGUCGUGGCCGUCAUCCUUGUCUCCGGUGUUGUGAUAUACCGAGGAAAAUUGCCAGGGGUGGUCCGAUAUUCACGGCUUCCAUCUGCAGAGUGCUGAGAAUUGGGAGAAUGAAGGGCGGCCUGAAGACGAUGGUUGACUUUAUAAAGACAGUUGAUUUGUGUUACUUAGAAAAAGCUUUAAAUAAACUGAAUGCUUAUUUUACUGUUUAAUCUGUGGCUACAAUUCAAAAUUAACAAAACAUUCAAAUAUUAAAGCUGGGAGAAGUGAUCUGUGAUCAAACCUAAAUAAUAUGCUAGCAUGAAACAUUUAAUGCAGAGAUUCUUUAAUUAAAGAGAAAAUAACUUCAGUAUAGAGUGCCUUUCUCUUCUGUCUGUCGUGGUGUCUCUUAUCAUGUAUCAAACAGCCAUGUAUUUCUACUUCACAUUUUGGAAAUUAUAAAAAGUGAAAUAAAAUGCUAUAA